AUGGUGACGCGAAAAGUGAUGCAAAGGAGAGAAGAGAAAAGUAGAGGGCGACGUGAAGAGAAUGAGGAAAUGCACACGAAGGUAGAGGGAGAAGCAGAAGAAGGAAGGAAGAGCGGGAGAAGAAAAGAAGGAAGAAAGGAGGGUGGAGAGAAACGACAAUGGCAAAGGAAGAGGGAGAAAGGAAGAAAGAAGGAAGAGGAGGAGGAUGAAAGAUCUAGAAAGAGAAUGAAAAAAGAGGAGAAAAAAGAAAUUAGGGUUCAGGAUAAAGCGGAGCAGCGGCGAGAUCAAGCAGAAGCAGCGGAGAGAUCCAGCGGCCAAACGAUGACGAGCAGCGACUGCGGCGGAUUCCCUUCUCCUUUCCUUCCCCACCUUCCCUUAUCCCGCUUCUUCCCUGAACCCCUCGUGUGA